AACCCUGAUUCAUCCCAUAGGAAUCGAGUUAUUGCAGUAACAAUAUUAUUAUAUGAAGUACUUCAAGUGUAUUGCUAAACUAGUAGGCCUUUUAGAUAUUUUACACUUACUGUCAGGUGUGUUAAUAUUGCGAUGGAAAGGGGUUGUGACCGAAUCCUUCCUGGAGCACGAGGAGCACCCGAAGACCAACACGAGGAACGAUGCAGCCCUCUGGUGGAUGAUUCCAUAACCAUUUGCAUCCAAUUGAUAUACAAAUACACCUCUGCAUUUUCGACAAAUGCACGCAAAACGCCAGGGGCAAUUAUUGGCUGAAGGAACAAUGGAAGCGUAUACACCGUUAAAUUCAGCUCUUGACCUUCAGAAUCACUAGUUCCACUCGUUGUUCCAUUGUGCCCGUUUAUUCAGUGGCUAGUAGCACAAUACAUAUUAUUUUUGUGCCUGGUGAGGUGUCCUUGGCCCUGUAAUACACUUCCCCAGAUGACUAUUACAUGAAUAAACAAGGAGGAAUAGGAGUACUUUGUGUCCACGGUGCUUGUGAGCCUUCAUCAGGACCAGGAGUAAGGGGACCAUGUAAUGAGGCACCCACAGCCUCAGAGGGGAAUGCCCCUAUAGAGACGGAGAGUGUUUGUUUCACAGACAAGACCACGUGGCUGCAGUCAAGGGGAUUCAAAGUCCCAAACUCAAAUCCCCCCCCUUCAACGUCAAGGCGGAAGGUGGACAUCCUACCCAUAAUGCCCUUUGAGAAGGGCCUGUGAAUGCCGUGCCGGGUUUCCUGAAGGUUGUGGCUGGAUGUUGGAUCAGGGCGGCGACGGAGACCCGUCUGAGACAUGCACACCUCCCUGUGCGGUUCUGUGUCGGACCGGUCUGCUUUGAGCUGAAGCCACUGGGACCGGAUGGGCCCACCUCUGUCUCGCUCAGGACACACAACCUGUACCAGUGUGUGUCACAUAUCAGAGGAACGGGAAAACCAAAAAGAAAGCCCUGUGUUGGAUGUUGUUCUAGCAUUUCAUGACCUGAUUCCUUAGGUUUCACCCUGUGCCCCAAUCCACCCAACCUUGCUCAUAGUCCCAGUCUACCCCCCCCCCCCGCCUCAUCUCAUUGGUCAAGCUAAGGAGGCAAGAGGCCAGCAGACCCAAUAAAAGGGGUUUGUGGUUGGAGCCACCGAAUCCAGGGAAUUAGAAUGACAGCCAGACGUUUCAUUUAAAGACAAUCACAAGGCAACAGUCGCUGACAUGCCCUCUCUUCAUCUGCUACCCAUGCUGACAGUCCUGCUUCUGGUGGCCUUGAUAGCGACCGAUUCGUCCGCGGCCAGGACCACCCGCUGGCCUAAGACUCAGAGUACCAAGAAGCCACCUCGUGGAGGUGGUACCGGAGGAGGAGUUGGAAGCACCCAGGCGGGCCGCCAGGGCUUCCGGCAAACCACCGCGGCCCCGUCAAGCACUCUGGGCACUGAGGGGACCACCGAGGACGCCACGACGGACGCCUCGUCCCUGUCGCCCACCGACAGCACCACCUAUCCGGGCGAUACUUACACGACGGGGUAUCAGACGGAUGCCACGGCGCUCCCUGGGGGCGAACUGGGGAACUACACCCUAGACUACACCCAGUGCUUUUUAAACAUCUGCGAGUGCUGCCCGCCUGAGAAAGGCCCCGUGGGGCCCCGCGGGGAGAGGGGCCCCCCAGGGCCACCGGGAGAGAGGGGUUUUCCAGGGGUCCCUGGGCUCAAGGGGAAUGUGGGGCUCACAGGUCCCCCUGGACUGGAUGGAAUGCCUGGAGCUACGGGACUGGAAGGUGAUAAAGGUGAAAAAGGAGAUCAAGGAACCACAGGAAUGCCUGGUGCUCCGGGAUUAACUGGCAAAGAUGGAGAGAAAGGUGACGUGGGCCUCAAAGGAGAGAAAGGAGACCCAGGGCUUCCUGGCUUGAAAGGAGAUCCAGGAGACAGGGGCAAGCCUGGGCGAAAUGGUACCCAGGGUGACAAAGGGGACAUGGGUAGAAUCGGCCCCACAGGAUCCCCUGGGCUGCCUGGACCGAUUGGACUGCCUGGGGAAAAGGGAGAGCGUGUGAUCGGGGAGAAGGGAGACAAAGGUCAGCCAGGCUUAACUGGCCCUCCUGGGCCGAGGUCAGAGGCGGGCCCCGCAGGAGCCAAUGGAACAGAUGGUUUACCUGGACCUAAAGGGGACAGGGGUGCUCCAGGACCCCAGGGAGCAAGAGGGGACGCUGGGGGGCGGGGGCCUCCAGGGCCCCCAGGUUUGAGGGGCCUGCCUGGGCUGAAGGGAGAGAAAGGUCCCAGGGGCCCCAGGGGCGUGCGGGGUCCCAUGGGCCCUCAGGGGGAAACCGCGGAGCAGGUCCGGUCGGCCUUCAGCGUGGGCCUCUUCCCCAGCAAGUCCUUCCCCCCUCCGGGCCUGCCUGUCAAGUUUGACAAGAUCCUCUACAACGAGGAGGAACACUGGGAUGCCGCGACCAGCAAGUUCAACUGCACUCACCCCGGGGUGUAUGUGUUCUCCUACCACAUCACAGUGCGCAACAGGCCACUGCGCGCCGCCCUGGUGAUUAACGGCGUGAAGAGGCUGCGGACGCGCGACUCCUUGUACGGCCAGGACAUCGACCAGGCGUCCAACCUGGCUCUGCUGAGGCUGGCCGAGGGGGACCAGGUGUGGCUGGAGACACUGAGGGACUGGAACGGAGUCUACUCCAGCAGCGAGGACGACAGCACCUUCACAGGCUUCCUGCUCUAUGCUGACCCCAAGUCCUGACCUAUGACCUCGUCUCUGACCCCGGCUUGAACGCCGCACAACCUUUAUCCGACGUCUACCGCUGGCUCUGCGUUGCCUCAGGCUUUUCGCACUUUUGAGAAUCUGUUCACACCACUGCUACUAGCUAAACAUUAGUGCUUUUUCUGUCACAGUAAUCUGACCAAAUGCUUGCUGUACAUGGAUGCGGAAGCAUUCACAUAAUGCACCGCUGAUGGUUUAUAACACUGCAA